GCGCCCACCCCAACCUGCAACCAGACUCCGUGGGGUCCUCUGCGAGGCUGCGCAGUAGAGGCAUGGGGCGGUCCUCCGGGCAGCCCGGAACCUGGGAGGUGUCCAAAAGAAGGCGGCGUGCGCAGCUUUUCUUCUAGAGUCCUGCUCGGGUCUCCUUCGCUACGCCGCAGGAUGGGGCCCGCGCCGCGGACCCUGGAGCUCUUCUACGACGUGCUGUCCCCCUACUCCUGGCUGGGCUUUGAGAUCCUGUGCCGCUAUAAGAACAUCUGGAAUGUCCACCUGCAGCUGCGCCCGAGCUUCAUUGCAGGGAUCAUGAAAGACAGUGGAAACAGGCCGCCAGCCCUGGUGCCCCGCAAAGGCAAAUACAUGGAAGCCGACGUGAGGCGCCUGGGACAGCAUAUCCAGGUUCCCAUCAACACCCCCAAGGAUUUCUUCUCUGUGAUCCUUGAAAAAGGAAGUUUGUCGGCCAUGCGCUUCCUCACGGCCCUGAACUUGGAGCACCCAGAGAUGCUGGAGAAAGCGUCCAGGGAACUAUGGAUGCGUGUCUGGUCUCGGGAUGAAGACAUCACAGAACCCCAGAGCAUCCUGGCAGCUGCAGAGAAGGCUGGCAUGUCUACAGAACAAGCCCGGAGAAUUCUGGAAAAGGCCUCUACAACACAGGUGAAGAACCAGCUCAAGGAGACCACCGACGCAGCCUGCAAAUACGGGGCCUUCGGGCUGCCUGUCACCGUGGCCCACGUGGAUGGCCAAACCCACAUGCUGUUUGGCUGUGACCGGAUGGAGCUGCUGGCAUACCUGCUGGGAGAGAAGUGGAUGGGCCCUGUGCCUCCAGCUGUGGGUUCCAGACUCUAAGGACACCCAGAGGAAGCAAAACCGUUGGUAUAACGGUUUGCUUACCCUGCCUUCACCAUGGGGCACUGGGCCUCGGGCCUCCCCAGCCCUGGGGAUGCCGGGGAGGGGCUGUGUGGUGCCUCCUCUACGUUACUCUCCUGGCUGCUCUUCUGUCCCUCACAAGUGCCUUUUCAGAGCCCCAGACUCUGCUUUCGCACAAAAUAAACUUAAUGCCAUUAGGCAUGAUAUUGCGUCUUC